AUGAUUUUACGAACAUUAUUAGUGCAGGUGCUGCUGAUAGGAGCAGGCAUGCUGGCUUGUUUUAGAGGAGCUGCCUGUGAAGUGUCACAAAGUGAAAUCCAAUCGAUACAUAGCUACUGGCAUGCCAGAAUAAACUGCAUAGAAGAAGAGAUCAAAAUACGGAAGAGCUUCUUCAAAACAAUUGAGUACACCAAUUUACGAAUAGUUUUAUCUGACUCCAAGCUUUCUGCAGAGAUAAAGAGAGAAAUAGAGGCAGGGCGAACAGAUCUAUCUGAGCUAAAAAAAGCGCUGGAGGCCCUCAAGAAAAAGAGAGAUGAGAUAAUGGAAACAGCACGCUCCCUGAUGGAUUUGUACAAACUUUUCGACAUAUAUCCAUCUACCUACGACAUAGCAAACAGAUUGAGUAUUAAAAUAUCCGAAUUCCUUCAUGAUACUGAUGUACACAGUUUUAGAACUAAAGUCAAAAAAACUGCUCUAGACAGACUGCUUCUGCCGGCGCUCAAGAGCUUCACCUCAGCAAUUAAAAAAAUAAACGAGUAUGAUUCACACAUGCUGAGAGUAGUAGAAAUAUACAGCAAAGUGAAGGAUAAAAAUAGCAAAAUAAACGAGCUGGCUCUCUUUAAGCUGGCAAAGAGCAACAAGAUGCUGGCUGCUGGGAUAAUAUUCUCUUUUUUUGAGAUGAGGAUAUUUGACAUAAGCACUAGUGCUAUACCCAUUUCAAACUACUUGUGCAAAAGCAUAAUGACACACAUUCCAGCAGUAUCUGUAAGGGUUUUUAUAAAUGCUGUAAUACAGGAUGUGCUGAAUGCUGCAGGAGAGAAGAAAGGAGAUCCCUUGGUCUCUGCAGAUAGACAUCUGCACCUGCUGUUCUGCAAUCCGUACAACUCUAACAAGUUUGUUGUAGAUACAGAUACGAUGAACAUGUAUUUAAAUCUGUCAAAAACAGAGAUUGCAGAAACAGAGAUAGAAGAGCACAGGAAUAUCACGCCAGGACAAGUUGUAAAAAUACUCAUGCUGGAGUGUCUGAUGAGCGGGCAUCUUCUGGACUACAGGAGAAACAGCUUGUUUUUCGCUUUGGGGAGAGUGAUCGAAAGCGUGUUCAGAAUAAAAGAUGAAAAUAUCGCAAACAUCAGUGAAGAGCUGCAGAUGAAACAGAUGGAGCAGGAUAAAAUGCUGGAUGUCCUAAGCAUUCUAUGGAACGAUUGUGCGUAUAGAAUGAUGAUUGAGAAUAUAGACACUAAGUCUCUCUGCAAGGAGAACAGCUUUGAGCUGUACGAUCUCAAGUGGAUACUAGCCAAUUUUAUGUCUGUUAAGUGGAUGUAUGAAAUAGACAGACACGGCACAGAAUCAGAUGACCUAGUCACCAGAGACGAGAUAGACAGGGAGAUGCACUUUGACAUGUCAUACACCCAUCCUAUGUGGUACAUAUGCAGACGCUGCGAGUACAUCAACGAGUUUACCAAUAUAACCACGGAAUCUAACGAAAAAAGAUUUAUGGAAGAAGAAGACAGCGUAAUCACGCUCAGGCCGUACAGAAUAAGUGCAAAUGAUGGCGGGCUGGCAAGAGCACAGAACAUGCGAAGCUGUAUCAAAGCCUGGUUCUCAAAGUCCAUUGAAAUCAUCAGCAGAGAAGAAGAAAAAAAUAGCGGAUCCUACAGCAUAUCCAACGACUUCUACAAGUAUUUGAAAAACUCAGUGCAGCAAGCGAUAGGAAUAAGAGAAGAAACAGGAGACACAGAAGAAGUGCCUUACGAUAGGCUUCUUGAAAGCAGCUCUGAUGACGAGUCUGAGGAAGGCAGUUUAUUUGAAAAAGAAAUUAGGCCCUGGCUUCCUUCUCUAAUAACUGAUUAA